AUGGUUCUUUGUUUAUUAUUAGCUGCUUGGACCACUUGGUAUAAUACACUCAUAUCUUACAGACAACAAUACAAUAAUGCUGUUUGGUAUUAUAAUCAUACUGGCCAAUAUCAAAAUAAUUCUAGACAACUUUUACAAAAUAUUAAUAACCUAAAAACACUUUAUGAAAAAACUAAAUUAGAAACAGAAAAAGUUAAAAAAGAAUACGAAGAUAUGAAGAAAAAAUAUGAACAAGAAAAAAAACUACACGAAAAAGAAAAAACGAAACAACUUGAAGAAACCAUUGAACAAUUAGAAAAAAAACAUAAAAUCGAAAUCAAAGAUCUUGAAAACAAACUCAAAGAAAAAGAUGCUAAAAUUAUAGAAUUACAAAAUGAAAAUACAAGAUUACGAACAAUGUACGAUCAACAAAAAAUACUGUUAGAUAAACUUAAAACUGAUACUGAAGAAUUGAAAAAACUUAAAAAUGAUAGUAUCAAAGUUCAACUUGACAUUACAAAAUUAAAUACUGAAUUAACUAAUACUACAAUUCAACGUGAUAAUUUAACUAAAGAAAAUGAAAAAUUAAAAACUAAUUAUGAAAAUAUUGAUAAAGAAUUAAAAGAAUUAAAAACUGAUAUUAAAGAUAUUAUUAGUAUUCUUAAAAACCUACCACCACAAUUACUUCGUGAAGUUAUUAUUCAAAUAGAAAAAUUAAAACCAGAAACUCCUGAUUUAACUGAUCUCAUAAAUUUUGUACAAGAAAUUAAAACUUAA